GGGCAGCUCGGGCCGCGCGCGACUCACGCAUAUUGUCACUCGCGCGAACGCACUCGAGUGGGUCCGUCCGAUCCUUACCGCGGAGUCGUCUCUUCCCAGGUGACAUCCUACAUCCGCGAGAAAGAGAGCAUCCUUCUAGAGCGACCAAACUUUGUCCACCUGUCCGGAUCCAUCGUCAGGCCGAGCACGUGCGAUCACGUGUGAAAAGAUGAUUACCAGGCAUCGACGAAACGAUAUCCUGUUCGUGAUAUUAUAUCUCUUCGUGCAAGUGCCCGAUGAGAUACAUGGCCAUGGUCGUUUAAUGGACCCACCUUCGAGAAACGCGAUGUGGAGGUUCGGAUAUCCAAAUAAUGUUAAUUACAACGACAAUGAGCUCUUUUGUGGAGGAUACGCAGUUCAUUGGCAACAAAAUAAAGGGAAAUGCGGAGUUUGCGGCGACGCGUAUCACUUGAGUCAACCGCGUCCGCAUGAAGCUGGUGGCGAAUUUGCCAAAGGAAUCAUCGCUCGACAUUACACCGUAGGUCAGGAAAUUGAAGUUGAAAUCGAGCUAACGGCCAAUCAUUAUGGAAGAUUCGAGAUGUAUCUGUGUCCUAAUGACGAUCCAUCGCGCGAGGCGACCGAAGAAUGUUUCGACUCUUAUCCCUUGUACGUGUCUGGGACGCAAGACGUUCGUUUCGAGAUUCCACGCGAUACGGGAAAAAAGGGGAUAAUCAAAUAUUACGUGACGUUACCGCCGUAUUUGACGUGUUCCCAGUGUGUCGUCCAAUGGAAUUAUUACACCGGUAAUAUGUGGGGCACGUGCGAAAAUGGCACGGAGGCCGUUGGAUGCGGAAGACCGGAAACGUUCAGGAAUUGCGCGGACGUAAGGAUCGUCACUAGCACCGGUGGGAUCCCACCGCAGUUUCUGUAUCAAAAUACUAUUUAUCAACUGUAUUCCAUAGCUCCGAAAUUCACGAGCAGCCCGCUAACUCGACCGCUUAGGGUUCAAGUGUGCGAGGCGACCGCUGCUUAUCGAUACAGGCAAGAUAUGAACAAUUGGUGUCAAGUGAAUUGCAUACGUAUCCCGUCAAACUGCCCGCCGGGUAUCUGCCAUUGUCUUGACACGUGCGACGCUAUCGGAGAUAUCGCUGAGAAACCCGGAGCGGAUCAGUAUUGCCUGAGACGUUGCAUGCGCUAUCCGUCAAAUUGUCCGACCGAUCGCUGCAACUGUUAUUGAAGCUGUGAACGCGACACUGACAUCCCACAUGUAGCAUUAAGAUGCGAAUCUCAACGCGUACUGCGCCGAAUAGAAAUUAAUAAAAAGCCUAUCUAAUCUACAUUUACGACUUAGGCAUAAUUUUGCGACAAAAUUCUACUCUAUAAAAAAAUUUUUCUUACCUUUUCGCGAACGUUUUUUUUUCUGCAAAGCUGAAAAAAAUUGUUUUUACGGGAGUAUGAUUUAAAAAAAAAUAUGUUUACUCUGAAACGUGAGAGAGGUAACGGAUGAGUGACAAGAAGAAUGCGUAAUGGCACUAUGAUAUUUAAUAUUAGGACAUUCUCUAUUGACAGCUUAAAAUUUUUUUUUUUUUACGCGUAUAUCACAUAUUAUAUACGUAACCAUCAACGCAUCUUCGCGAUCUUGCGCACGAUAUAUUAUUAAUUAACGCAACUAUGUUUUAACGAAACGAACAGUUUUACCAAUUGUUUUUAAUGCGUUUCCAAUUGCCACACAACUCAUGUGAAUAAAUUACUCAUAAAUUAAUCAUGCCAAUUAGAAAACGUAUGCGCUCGUACGUUUUCGUAGCAAUGUAUGUAUAUAUAUAUAUUAUAUAGAGAUCUCACUAUAUAGUUAACACUUUACAAAACUAUAUACACUAAAGCCUUCUCUCUUUAUCGUUUACAACGCUAGCUAUAUAGUAACAUAUUUUUUUUUUCUUCCAGCCUGCCCCUUCAUAUUUCUCUUCAUAUACAACAUAUAUAUAUAUAUUUAUAUCAUCUUCUCGGACGCGCGGUAUAAUAAUCGUCGACAAAGUGCGUAAUAUUAGCGCGUCAAGUCAAAACUCGUGCUACGCCAAAUCCUAGCGCAAGGUGUACAAUAAUACAAAGGUAUCUUUUGUUCGUCCCUGCUAAUCGCUAAGCAACUAAUUAACGUCCACGGCCCCGGUUACGGCUUAAUUAUUCGAAUACUCUCCCUCCUCUUUUCUAUAUAUUUUCAAAGGAUUCUCCCGUUCAUUAAUCCUCUCAUUCUCAUUUAAUGUAUACGUUUGUAUUAUUUUAUUGCAAUUUACGGAUACCUUUUGUUUCAUUGUUUAAUAAUGAAGUUAAAAAUAAAAUGUACUACAUUAUUGUUUUCGUUUAAAUGAUAUUUAAAUAUACUUAAUAAAUUGCAAUAUUAAAUCUAAUAAAAAUAUUUAAAUGCAAAUCGCUUUUUAAUAAAAUGGUUUCGAUAUAAUUAUCUCGAGGGAAUGGGAGGAUUAAUCGCGACGCGUAGA